GAGAGCGCAGCGGCGGCGUUGGACCGUCGCACCCGAGCAAAGGCGCACUUCGUCCGCUUCAGUCUUCACUCCUCUUCAUUCCGUUACCGCUUCAGGGCAUCAUCUUUCCUCCGAAAACCUGGACUUUUGUUUACUUCUGCAAACAUUUCGGCCAUCUCAAGCUUGAUGCUGCAUCCCCAGUCCCCAGGAAGAAGCUGCGAGGCUUGUUAGAAUAAACUUCACUGAGGACCAGCCGAACUCCUGAGAGGAGGAGGAGGAGAGAAAACCACUUGUCGCGGAUCCUCACUCGACUGCUCUGCGCCUGUUUUUCCUGAACGUCUGAAACUUCAGCCGCUCCCGAUGGAGGCCAGAGGGAAAUUCGAUUUCACUGCGACAGCAGACGACGAGCUCAGCUUCAGAAAGGGCGAUAUACUAAAGAUUUUAAGCCACGAGGAGGACUGGUGUAAGGCUGAGAUGAACGGACAUGACGGAUAUGUACCAAAAAACUACAUUGAGAUGCAGACUCAAGGGUGGUUUCAGGAAAACGCCAGCCGCAGUGCCGCAGAGGAUCUGCUGAGGUACAAAGAUGUGGGACACUUCGUGAUCCGAGGGAGCCAGAGCUCUCCGGGAGAGUACUCCAUCUCUGUCAAACAUGACAGUGAUGUGCAGCACUUCAAGGUGAUGAGGGACAACAAAGGCCAGUACUUCCUGUGGUCUGAGAAGUUCUCCUCGCUGAACAAGCUGGUGGAGUUCUACAAAACCAGUUCCAUCUCUAAAACCAGACAAAUCUAUCUCAAUGACGGCAGCUCAGACAGCAGGAGCCCGCCUGCGCCCCAGGCAAAGAGGCCAAGUUUGCCUGAACAGCGUUACACAGCUGCAUCCAUCCCUGUCUCGCAGCGCAGAGCUUCAGACCAGUCUCACGUCCAGGCUAAAAGAAGCGUUCUGGAGGAGCGAGCUCAUACAAUCGGCCACUCGGGCAGAAGCAGCCCCAUCACCACUGCUUGUCCACCUCGCCGCACUGAAACCAUGCCUUUGCCUCAGAGGGCGUCCACAGUGCAGGUGAAGGCGCUGUAUGACUUCACCGCAGAGGAGGGUGAUGAGCUUGGUUUCUCUGCCGGUGAUGUAAUUGAAGUGCUAGAUCGCUCUGACUUGUCAUGGUGGAAAGGGAGGCUCCGGGGGAAGAGCGGGCUGUUUCCUGCGAACUACACAAUACUGCUGUGAGGAAAACGCCUUGGACGAUGCCUCAACUACAUCUGUGCACAUUCACACGUUCGAUCUGCACGUGCACCCAACUUUGAUAUGUGUUGCCGAGAGACUGCAGAGGACUACAUCAGAGUGUUCAUGCACGCAGUGCGUGUUCAUGCACUUCAGGUUUUAUUGAGCGUUUAUUUACAGAGGAGCAGAGACACGCCUGCAGGAACCUUCUAAACCUUCCUCAAGUGCUGCAGAUGGCGCCGAGGAAUGUUUUCACCGUUUGUAUUGUGUCUGCAGGUAUUUAUUGGCUGAAUGCUUGUAGGUCAGGCUGCUGAUGAAACCACUCUUUUUGCUAAUCUUUGUUUUUUUUUUUUACCUUGUCUGCACACAUAUUAAUGGUUAAUACCAUGCUGGUAAAAACCUAGAUUUUGCUAAUCUUUAAUCUCAGUUGUUACUGCUAAAAUCACACAGAUGUGUAACUUCCUUGCAGCUUUCUGAGCUGGAAAUAAAAUCAUUUUUGUCCGCUAUUUCAUAUUUGAAUGUGGAAUGUGGGACAAUUCUCUUGA